AUGGAGGGUAGUCCCAGUCUUAAACCAGUGCAAUCAGCACGCUCAAUUUCGGACUCCUUAUCGCCUCUGCGGGAGGCGCUGUUCGUCACGAUUGUUUGCAUGGCCCAAUUCAUGACCCAAACGAACGUGGGCGUUUGUCUAUCCCCACUCGACAUUAUUGGGGAAAGUUUCGAUAUUGAGGACUCUGGUAUCGAGAGCUGGUUCCUCGCCGGGUAUUCAUUGACUGUCGGUACUUUCAUCCUCGUCUUCGGGCGAUGUGGAGACCUAUUUGGAUACCGGCGCAUGUUUCUCUCUGGGUUCAUCUGGCUUGCGGUAUGGUCGCUAGUAGUCGGAUUUAGUGUGUUUUCCAACCACAUUUUGUUUAUCUUCGCGCGCGUCAUGCAGGGCAUUGGUGCUGCGAUGAUGUUACCGAAUGGAUUGGCUAUCCUGGGACACACUUACCCACCCGGCAAGAAGAAGGCAAUGAUCUUUGCUCUCUUCGGAGCUGUUGCUCCUAACAGUGCUGUAUUGGGGGCUGUGUUUGGAGGGAUAUUCGGGCAGCUUGUUUGGUGGCCCUGGAUGUUCUGGGUUCAGGCUAUUGUGUCUGUUAUCUGUGCCAUUAUAGGCUUCAUCGUCGUGCCUUCGAUUCACCAUGAUGCCCCGCGGGACAUCAGCACAUUUUCUGGCCUCAUGAAGGCGCUCGACGCCCUUGGUUCAUUAUGUGGAGUUGGAGGGCUGAUAUUUGUGAAUAUUGCCUGGAACCAGGCCCCAACGGCAGGCUGGAGCACACCCUAUGUAUACGUGCUCCUGGUCAUCGGCCUUUUGCUAAUUGCCGCCUUCUUCAUCGUGGAAUUCCGCAUAGCGGAGCAUCCUUUAAUCCCCUUUCACGCAUUCAGUCCUGACGUCUCGUUCGUGUUGGGCUGUAUCGCGUGUGGAUGGGGCGCAUUCGGUACAUGGAUUUGGUACUUUUGGCGAUUUGAGAUGGAGUACCGCAACACGAGUCCGCUUCUAGCGACCGCACAAUUCACACCAGUGGCGCCAAUGGGUAUCGUUGCCUGCUUCGUCACUGGAUUCCUUAUCUCUCGACUGCGUCCUGGCUGGAUCAUGAUCAUGUCGAUGGGUGCCUUUACGCUGGGCAAUAUUUUUAUUGCCAUCGCUCCAGUCGACCAAACAUACUGGGGCUUGACAUUUGUCUGCCUUUUAGUGAUCCCUUGGGGCAUGGACAUGUCGUUCCCGGCGGCUACUCUAAUGCUAUCGAACACUGUUGAAAAGAAACAUCAGGGUGUCGCAGCAUCAUUGGUGACUACGAUUGUUAACUACAGUAUUUCGCUGAGUCUGGGCUUUGCAGGCACGGUAGAGAUGCAUGUUAAUAAUGGGGGCUUGACUUCAGCUGAUACCUUGAAGGGUUACCGGGGAGCGCUAUACUUCUCCACCGGGCUCGGUGGCUUGGGCAUCGUACUCAGUGUGAUAUUCACACUGAGAAGUUAUUGGGAAGAGAGGAGGCCAAGACCGGUGAAAGAAAAGUGGCCUGAUGAGGCGUUCUCAGAGCCAGUAUCCGACGAGUAA